AUGCCACCCCACAGAAAUGGAAACCUCUCCAUGGUCUACUUUCAAGAUUUUGUGCUGGAGGGAUUUGAGGGUGGCCUGGGGACCCAGGCCAUGCUCUUUGCUGUGUUCCUGGCCCUGUACAUGAUGACUGUGUUGGGGAACCUCACCAUGAUCAUGGUUAUCACCCUGGAUGCCCACCUGCACUCCCCAAUGUACUUCUUCCUCAAGAACCUCUCCUUCCUGGAUUUGUGCUACUCAUCUGUCAUCACCCCCAAUGCCCUGGUCAACUUCUUUUCCCCAUCCAAGGUCAUCACCUUUGCAGGCUGUGCCACCCAGCUAUUCUUUUUCUCUCUACUGGUCACCACUGAAGGCUUCCUCCUGGGUGUCAUGGCCUAUGAUCGCUUCAUGGCCAUCUGCAGCCCCUUGCGCUACCCCAUCACUAUGUGCCAUUCUGCCUGCACUCGCCUGGUUCUGGGCACCUACUGUGGAGGCUGCCUCAACUCUGUUGUGCAGACCAGCUUCACAUUCCGCCUCCCAUUCUGCAGCUCCAAUCAUAUCAACCACUUCUUCUGUGAUGUUCCGCCCCUGCUUCAGCUCGCCUGUGGCAACACGGCCAUCAAUGAACUUCUCUUGUUUGGUAUCUGUGGGAUCAUCAUUGUAGGUGUGACAUUUGUGGUCCUCAUCUCCUAUGGCUACAUCACAGUGACCAUCCUGAGGAUGCACUCAGGAGCUGGGAGACGCAAGGUCUUCUCCACCUGUGGCUCCCACGUGGCUGCAGUGACUCUCUUUGUUGGGACUGUCUUUGUCAUGUAUGCCCAGCCAGGAGCAAUUGAAUCCAUGGAGCAGGGCAAGGUGGUCUCUGUCUUCUACACGCUGGUCAUCCCAAUGCUCAAUCCCCUCAUCUACAGUUUGCGAAACAAGGAUGUGAAGGAGGCCCUGUGGAGGCUGGGCCAGAAAUACACAGCCAUGUGA